AUGUCUUCGGCGUCGCCGGCUGCAGCGGUGGAAGCUCCAUCGACCGGCGACGUCGAUGACGAGCCUCAACAAUCGCCGGGAGCAUUGCUGCACCAAACCGCCGUCCUCCGCAUCCCGGAGCCGCACGGCGAGCCAAUCUACGCGUGCAGCUUCAACCACGUCGACACGACGCAGGCGUCCGUCUUCGCCACGGUCGGCGGCGGGCAGGUCAACAUAUACCGGGUCGAUCCUCCGCCGCUGGCCGAAGGCGCGGCAUCGAACAACGGCACUGCGGAGGAUGGCGGGGCGGCCGCCGUUUGCUCGUCGGCGCCUGACACAGUCUGCUCGUCGGCGCCCGACGCAGUCAACGGCAAGCAUCCAAAGCCGCGCGGCGGCCGGGGAAAGGCGUCCAAGCGCAAGCGCGGCGGCGGCGGCGGCGGCGGCGGCGUUGUUGGCGCACUCGUGGCACUGCAAACCUACGUGGACGGCGACCCGCGCGAGCGCUUCUACACCGAGCACUCGGUGCUGGCCGUGGGCGGCGAGCUGCGGCAGAUCAAGCUGAUCGACUGCCACAGCGCGCGGGUCGAGGCGACGCUGCAGGGCCACGGCGCAGCCAUCCACGAGGUCCGCUUCUUGCCUCACCGGCGCGGACUGCUCGCGUCUGCGUCGCGCGACGAGGCGGUCCGGCUCUGGCACACCGCGUCGCGGCUCUGCGUCGCCGUCUUUGCCGGCGAGCGAGGCCACCUCGAUGCCGUCCUCUCCGUCGACGUCUCGCCCGACGGCACCGCCCUCGCCUCGUCCGGCGUCGACGGCACCGUCAAGCUGUGGUCGGUCGACCAGCCCGCUGUGAGCGCAGCCGUCGCCAGGGCGGACGCGCUGGCAGAGCGGCGGGCGGAGGCGCAGGCGCAGGCGGCGGAGGAGGCGCAGGAGGCGGAGGACGGGGAGGACGGGGAGGAGGGGGCGGCCCUCGCGGCCGAGGGGGCGAUGCCGCGCGAGGGGCGCGAGUCGAGCGAGUGCAACUUGCCGGUUGGCGUCGCUCCCGCGAUCGAGCAGUUCCCGCAGGCCUCGGUCAGCGGGCUGCAUGUCUUCAACCGAGAGGAGAAACUCGCGUAUGUCGACUGCGUGCGCUUCGGGCCGGACAGCACCCUCCUGACGCGCGGGCACGAGGGCAAGGCGGUGCUGUGGCGACGGCCACCGCAGAGCGCCCCGGCGGCGGCGGCGGCUCUGCCCGCCUUGCUCCCGCACCAGCCCGCUGUGAGCUACGGCGUCGAGCAGCGCGGGCUCGACUGCCGGCGGCGGGUGCCGGUGGAGGUUGUGCGGCGGCACGACGUGCCGGACACCAACGUCUGGUUCGUGCGCCGCCAGCUCGACCCCUCCCUCCCUCAGCUGCAGCUCGGCGGGAUCUCGACGGCGCCUCGGCCGUAGGUUCCUGCGCCACCAGCUCGACCCGACGCGCCGCCUCGUCGCGAUCGGAAGCACGGCGGGCCAGGUGCGGCUCUGGAGGCUCGACUCGCCCGCUGA